AUGCUCAUGGAAAUUCACAAACUGUUUAUCUUUCUUUCACAGACGAAGUUUGAAUAUCAGAUGAGUCUUGAACCAAUAAAGCAAACAUGCUGUUCGCCAUUAAAACAAGACACCUGCAAAGUCCUUAAGAAUGAGCCUUGUGGUGCACGCUUCGGGACUGCGAUUGCUGCAGUGAAGGAUCUCAACCUUGAUGGAUAUAAUGACAUUGUAAUAGGUUCUCCCUUAGAGGAUGAUCAUCGGGGAGCUGUUUAUAUUUAUCAUGGCCGUGGCAACACAAUCAGUAAAAAAUAUUCUCAGCGUAUUGCAUCAGGUGGAGAUGGGGAAAAAGUGAAAUUUUUUGGCCAGUCUGUUCAUGGACAAAUGGAUUUAAACGAUGACGGCUUGAUCGAUGUCACCAUUGGAGGCCUUGGUGGGGCUGCCCUCUUCUGGUCUCGUGAUGUGGCUGAAGUAAAUGUUUCCAUGCAAUUUAUACCUAAAAGUAUUAAUAUCCAGCAACAAAAUUGUCAGAUAAAUAAAAGAAACACAAUAUGCAUAAAUGCCACGAUUUGUUUUAAGACCAGACUAAAGUCAAAGGAAGAUACAUUUGAAUCCAGUCUGCAGUAUUGGAUUACUCUCGAUUCACAAAGACAGAUAUCUCGAAGCUUGUUCAUAGAAAGCCAUGAAAGGAAAAUGCAAAAAAAUAUAACUAUCAGAGGGUCAGAAUGUAUUAAACAUAACUUCUACAUGUUGGAUAAGCCUGACUUUCAGGACUCUGUAAAGGUUUUGCUGGAGUUCAAUUUUUCUGACCCAGAGAGUGGACCUGUUCUUGACAGUGACCUGCCAAACUCAGUAUCUGAAUAUAUUCCUUUCACAAAAGAUUGUGGAGCCAAAAAUAAAUGCAUUUCAGAUCUUGUUCUGAACGUAAAAGCAAGCAUAGCUGGAGACAGCUCUUCUCCAUUCAUUGUGAAGUCACGCAGCGAUAAGUUCACCAUCCAGCUCUCUGUGAAAAACAAAAAAGACAGUGCCUAUAAUACUAGAGUUUUGGCUCAAUAUUCUCCAAAUAUUAUUUUUGCUGGCAUUGAGGAUAUACAGAAAGAUAGCUGUGAAUCUAAUCAUAACAUCACUUGUAAAGUGGGAUAUCCAUUUCUAAAAACUGCAGAAGAGAUUUCCUUCAGAAUAUCAUUCCAAUUCAACGCAUCGUAUCUCAUGGAAAAUGCUACUGUUCAUGUAUAUGCAACAAGUGACAGUGAAGAGCCACCUGAGACCUUGAGUGACAACAGAGGACAUGUUACAAUUCCAGUAAAAUAUGAAGUAGGAUUAAUAUUUGUGAGUGUUUUCAAAGAGCACCAUGUUAUAAUUUCAGCGAAUGAUACUAUACCUACUGCUAUUAACACAACAGAGCAGAUUGGAGAUGAAGUUACUCUACACUAUAGGAUUGAAAAGGGUGAACACUUUCCAAUGCCAAACCUCACACUGCAGAUCUUAUUUCCCAACGUAACAGCAGCCAGGAAUACUCUUCUCUACCUUACUGCAUUGUCACAUUCCCAAAAUGCCAUCUGCCAAACUAGUUACCCUGUAGAUCCCUUAAAGAUUAGUGCUGGGAAAUCAUUUGUGCUGCCAAAAAUAAAAGAACCUACAAAGGAUACAAUUAUGGACUGUGAUACAUACAGUUGUGCAUCUAUUAAUUGUGCCCUGGUCCCAUCUGACAUAUAUCAAGUGAAUGUCUCGUUAAGAGUAUGGAAGCCUACUAUUAUAAAAGCAAGUAUUCACAGCUUGACCCUUGUUGUGAAAGCAUUACUUAGGAGUGAGAACUCAUUGCUGGUUUUGAGAAAUGACCAUGAAAAACUGGAGACUAUGAUUAAGAUUUCCAAAGAACUCCCACCGGGUACAGUCCCCUUAUGGGUUAUCCUCCUGAGUAUCUUCGCCGGACUCUUGAUUCUUGCACUGCUUAUAUUUGCUUUGUGGAAGGCUGGAUUUUUCAAGAGACCUCUAAAGAAGAAAAUGGAGAAAUGAAGGGGAAAAAAAAAAAAAGCAGAAAUUUUUGCUCAGGUCUGCCUCAAAAAUGUUACUGUAAAGUCAUAAACUUAGAUGUAAUGGUCACAAAGUUUUCUAAACUCUGGCGCAUU